CGAAAACAAAAAUAACAAAACUGAUAGGUACUAUCACUUGUAUUAACAUAAAUAGAUAAAGCGAGACCAAUGCUGACCCAUCUUAUCUAACAACACAUAUAAUUGCAAAUAUGCCGAUUUUUCACACUUCAGGCAUCAAGCGUCACACUAAACGAAAUAAUCCUAGUUUGUGUAUUUUUAGUAACUAAAAAUUUUUGAGUACACUUCACGGGGCAAAGGCCAUCUAAAAUAAUUAUAUGCAAAGUCGCAGUCAAUAAGAACGUAUUUUUGCUGGGUUUGCGGGGUUUGUGAUAUGUUUGCAUGUGAAAUAUCAACAAUAUUAAUCAACUGAGCACGAAUCAAUUGCCAGAAAAUGCUCCAAUCACCAUUAUCGGCCUUAAUUGUUUUGACAAUAAAUAUAUUCAGUGUUGCGGCAAUUUACGAAUGUUGUCCAGAAGAAAAUAUAUUAUUUAUGUCGAACAAAAGCUGUUUGACCGAUAACAUAAAUGCAACCGAUAUUAGUUUAGAAAUUAGUUCAGAGUGUCCAACGAGACUUCCAACUGAAACUAAAUCAAUAUUUUUAAAUGCUCAGUUUAGAUUUUUGGAUAAUGGCACCUUGCUGGAUCAUAAGGAUCGAGAACUGAGCUAUUGCUACUCAAACAAUGGAGACCAACCGAAUGCCACUAGUCCAAUUUAUAUUUAUUGCUAUCGGAGUUCUGAUGCUAAUGAUCUCUUUCAUAGUAGACCAUAUUAUAUAGUUAGAGGGAUCUUGGUAAUUAUUUCAGCAAUUUUUGUAAUUUUUACUAUAAUAAUAUAUUGUAUGGUUCCAAAAUUACUAGAUCUACAGGGGAUAUGUAUAAUGCAUGCUUUAGUAGCUUAUGCAUGUGUUUUCCUUCUUGUGGGAACCUCAAAUCUGCAACAGAACCUUGGUAUAAAAGCUUGCAAAGCAUUAGCCUAUCUUAUGUACUUCACUUUCUGGUAUCUACUUUUGUGGCUAUUAGUUUUGUCUUUUCAUAUUUGGAGAGUUACCGCAAAACCAAAUCUCUUUCGAGGCUUAAUUAAAUGGUCACUCCUAUACCAUAUAUUUGCCAUAGGAGGAUCGUUAAUGGCUCUAAUUAUUGUCAUUAUGGCACAUCAUUCUCCUUCAGAAAUAUGGGAUGAUAUACGUCCUGGAUUUGGGGAAGGAAAAUGUUGGUUCAAAACUUCUCGUGAAACAUGGAUAUAUCUUUAUGGCCCCCUUUUAGUGCUGCUUAUAUUUAAUACAUUUUUUUAUUUAUGGACAAUAUCUUUUCUAUGGAAGACUGUUGUUAAUAGACGAAAUAAAAUUUUGAAAUAUAGACUAAAAUUAUGUGCACGAUUAUCUAUUAUAAUGGGUCUUAAUUGGAUAUUGGACAUAAUCACAUUUGUUGCAGAUACUAAUAUUACUUCAUUAGCCGGCAAAAGUGUUUUAUUUCUCAUCGAUCUCAUCAAUUUACUGCAAGGCGUUUUGAUAUUCCUAGUACUGGUAUUAUUCAGAAAACGUGUUCGAAGAUUACUAGCGAAUAAGAAUAUCUGCAACAUUCCUUUUCCAAAUACCUGGAAAAAUUUAGAAGAUGAAGAAAUGGACAGCGGAGAACAGAGAGCUAUGCAAACAGUUGUAGAGUAUAACGUAUAACAGAGACAAUAACGAUGAAGUUGAAGUAAACCAAUGAAAUUAUAAUGAAACAAAAUUAUAAAAUUUAGUGCUACCUAUUAAUUACUUAAGUUAGUAACUGAAAUAUUUUUAAAUUUUUUUUAAAUUUACCAAAUUAAUGUUUUUUCAAGAUUCAAAAGAUAUGUAGGUAGGUACUUAUGUACCUAAAAUAUGUUAAACCUGAUACAGCUAGAUUAGCUCAGCGCUCAGCUUUUGUCUAUUCACAAUCUGUAGUCCAAAGAUACAGGUGAAAUUUAUCACCUUUCAAUGCAAUUUGAUAGGGAAAGGUGAUAAAUUAACCUGUACCUUUGGACUACAGAUUGUGAAUAGGAUAUAGCUAACUUAUCAUAUA